AUGGCCAUCAUGCUGAAACGCAACAAACCUACCUUGUCGUGCCUGGAGUGCGUCGAGAGGAAGACCAAGUGCGACAGAGGAAGGCCAUGUCUGGCUUGCGUCAAGAGGCAAUCCACGUGCGAAUAUACCGCUGUGGCAAACCUCAUUGCUUCGGCGGAUCGUAAGAACGGGACGAGCAAGGCGCGAUAUGUCACCAAGCCGACGAGCAAGAUCCGCAAGACCAGCGUGAGCGCGAGCGCGACGUCGCCGUCUACUACCUUGGCCUCGCCCACUGUCACGGAUAAUGGCUGGACCAAUAUCGAGAGGCAGAAGCCUCGAACGCUGUCCUCUUCUGUCUCGAAAGGUGGCUCUCCGCACUUGUUCUCCAACGUGCCAUACUCUCAAAGCUCGCCCAGCAAUGUCUUUGGUGUGGGAUCACAACAUCCGUUCUCGAACUACUGGACUUGCCAGGGUGGCCUCCCAGAGGUCAUCACAGUGCUUCCAAGCAAGGAGCAGGCCGAUAUGUUGAUUGCGAAGUACUUUGAAUCCGUCGAUCCGGUCUAUCCUUUCAUCCAUCGAAGAACGUUCUACUCCGACUACGAGCUCUUCUGGGCACUGUCGCCGGAGGAAAAGGGCAACACGGAUGCGUCUCUGGUAGCUCUGCAUUACGCCAUGUACGCUCUGGGGACGCAAUUCAUGCAGUUUCCUGCAUAUGAAGAGCGAUCUCAGACGGCGGAGUUCUACUGCUCGGCGGCCAAUCAAGCACUGCGAGUCUAUUCAUACUUGAAUCGAACGUCGAUGCGUGCGAUACAGGCUAUGCUUUUGAUGGCGUACUUCUUGAUGAACGACAACCACGCUUCCGAUGCAUACGCUUGGGCAGGCAUACACCUCAGACAAUCGUAUGCAUUACGACUACAUCGAGAUCCCGAACUUGUCGUACCCGAUGCUUCCGUUUUGGAAAAGCAGCAGAGACGAAAGCUUUGGCAGGCGGUCUUCUUUCAAGACACCUUCUUGACUAUUCUGCUGAAACUUCCACCCACAGCCACGCACAGCGAUGUUCCAGUCGAAUCCCUGGCUGACGAGAACGAGUUGAGCAAUGACGGCGUCGACGUGUGUAUUGGAGCUCAUCGAGUGGAAAACCUUAUGAGCAUCAAUGUGAUAGCUCCACAGAUGACCCAAUCGCCGCCGCCACCUCAACCUCACCAUAUGAUUGACCCUUCAACGACAAAAAGCGACAUUGCGUAUAUGAGAAGCAUGUGGCAUCUCGGAAACCUGGUGCAGGAGAACCUUGCCUCACCCCUCUCGCUCUCCUUACCUAUAUCCAACAGCCCACGGCACAAAGACUCGCUGGUUGCGGCCUUCAAACGACUCUACAAGUCCUUCCCCUCACCACUCACGAUCCUCGACUACAGCGUCCUCCAACAACAAGUCAUCAACCACCCGCGUCAAGUCCGCCAAAACCUCUUCCUCACCUCCAACUACUUCCACUGCCUCAUGCUCCUCCAAGCAUCCGAAAAUACCGAAGCGAGCGUCGAACCCAACAUCAAAGCCUCCAUUGAAGCUGCCCACGAAGCCCUCUGUGCCUUCUUCAAACUCUGGGGACUCUUCGAAAUCGAAGCCGGCGUCUGGUGGGUCUCCCAACAUCGAGCAUUCGAAGAGAGUCUUUUGAUUGCGAAUUUCCUGGCUUUGCCUCCGCCGCCGGAGGGGAUCGACGAUGCGGUUUAUGCGAGUGGGAAGGAGGAUGUGAGAAGGAUGUUGGAGAUUAUGGAGCAUUAUGGGGGCAAUCUGGAGAUGCAUAAGACGAGGAAGGAGGUGUUGAGUGAGGCGUUGGAGAGGAUUGUUGUGUGA